AUGGAUCUACUGGUCUCUUUGCGUUUCAGAAUGGAUAAAUCCUGGAUGAGUACUGAUAGAACGAAGAAACGCUAUAGAGAAGGAGUUGCGGCGUUUCUGCGGUAUGCUGUCAACCAUCUCAAGGAGGAGGGUGAGACAUAUGAUGAAUUUCUUAUGUUGUGUAUGUGUACGGAUUGUUUAAAUCUCUGUGCAUGCUCCGUUGGUGACGUAGAAGAUAAUUUAUUCGUAAAUGGAAUCGAUCAAACGUAUAUUAUUUGGAAUAAGCAUGGGGAAAAGGAUGAGGCAAUAACUAGUAGUAGGCCAGUUAACGUCAACAAUGGUAUGCACGCUGAAUUUGAAAUGGGAACUCCCACUGAUGCUCCAGACGAAUAUUUUGGAAUAGGAACUCCCACUGAUGCUCCAGACAUUAUAGAUAUGAUGCAGGCUACAGAAGAGUUCGCAUAUGACCCUAUAAAGUUUAAAAAGUUACUUGAAGAUGCUGAAAAGCCCUUAUACGAAGGAUGUCCCAACUUCACAAAGUUGUCUGCAAUUGUGCAGUUGUUUAAGUUGAAAAGUAAGCACGGUGCAUCGGACAUGUUUUUUAAUGAAUUGUUACCCUUGUUAAAGGACAUGCUUCCCAAAGAAGGUAAUUUAAUGGCGAGGAGUACAUAUCAGGCAAAGAAAAUAUUGAAAGCAAUGGGCUCAGGGUACACAAAGAUACAUGCAUGUAUCAACAACUGCAUUCUUUAUUGGAAUGAGUACAAGGAUGAAAAAGUGUGUCCUACUUGUAAAGCACCCAGAUGGAAAGUUGGCAGAGAUGGUAAAGUUUACGAGAAUGUUCCAGCAAAGGUAUUGUGGUACUUCGACAUCAUCCCAAGAUUUCAGCGGAUGUUUCAAUCGAAGCCCACAACAGAAGAUUUGAUAUGGCACGAUACCAUUAGAAACAAAUACGGUGUUUUACGUCAUCCGGAAGACUCACAUGCUUGGAGAGAGAGAGAUAACAAUUUACCAGAAAUUAAAGGUGAUCCAAGAAAUCUGCGGUUAGCUGUUUCAGCUGAUGGAGUUGAUGUAAACACAGGCACCAAACAUCACAGUGGAAAGAGAACAUGGGAUGCACAUGCCCAAGAAAUGUUUACUCUACGUGCAGUUGUUUUGUGGACGAUAAAUGAUUAUCCUGCUCUUGGUACACUAUGUGGUUGUCGCUACGCUGGAUAUCAUGGUUGUGUGAAGGCAGAAGGGGCAUUUGGCGGAAAACAAGAGUGGGAGACUGCUCCAGAACCAAUGACCUGGGAAGAAAUAUAUGAGGAGGUAAAAUGUAUAAAGAAUUCAUGGGGAAAGAAGGGGAUGAAUACUCAAGGGGAAGACGUGCAGGCUACACCUGGAAAAGGUGGAAAGAUGAAGCGCAUCAGAAAAACGAAAAUUGAGCGCAGCAGAAAAAUAUCAAAAGAAGUCGAUAGGUCAGGUGAGGAAGAGGAAGGCAGGGAAACCACUUACUGGAGCAAGUACAACAUAUGGCAGAGACUACUUAGAUAUUGGCGUUAUAAUGAUGUCCAACAUUGUAUUGAUUUCAUGCAUGUCGAAAAGAAUGUGGGACAAAGUCUUGUUGGAACGUUGCUGCACAACGGGAAUACAAAAGAUGGAUUAAACGCCAGAAAGGAUUUGGUGCGUUUGGGGUUAAAAUCGGAGUUACACCCUAAGACAGAUGACAAAGGAACGAUACUUCCCGCAGCAUGUUAUACAUUAACUACGGAAGAAAAAGACAUAUUCUUGGAGACACUAUCCGAGUUAAGAGUUCCAGAAGGGUAUUGUUCGGAUUUUUCCACCCUUGUGAACCUAAAAGAGCGUAAGCUGAUCGGACUCAAAUCACAUGAUUACCAUAUGCUUAUGCAACAAUUUUUGCCCGUCGCUAUUCGAUCAAUUAUGCCUACACCUGUGAGAUAUGCUAUUAUCAGGGAAGUGAAGUUAUGCGGUCCGGUUUGCUUUCGAUGGAUGUAUCCUUUCGAAAGGUGUAUGAAGGUUAUAAAGGGGCAUGUGCGAAACAAGAAUCAACCUUGUGGAUGCAUUGCCGAAGAGAAUGUUGCAGAAGAGACGAUUGAGAUAUAUUGUGAGUACCAUAAAAGCAUCAGGACAAUUGGUAUUCCACUAGAUAGGCAUAAUACAUCUCAGGAGGGAGAACCGUUAUCAGCUGAAGAGCCGUGUAUAGUUACCCCUGAACAGUUGAGACAAGCACAUUUCUAUGUAAUGCAGAACACGCCUGAAAUUGAGCCUUACAUAGAGUAA